AUGGAGGUGCCCAGCGGUAAGCCCUGGUCCCUACGCAUUUUAGAGGUUUACACAGUUCCCUCCCCCACUGAAUUGAAUGGUUACGAGGAAGACUUCUUGCUCAUACAACUCAGUCCUGGCAACAUGCAGCGGGUAGUCAUCUGCCUGAUGGUCAUCUUCUCAGGGGCAGUGGCCCGUAGAUCCAGCCUCCAAGAGCAAGAUCGCCUCAUGAUCAGACUGCGCCAACUUAUUGAUGUUGUGGAUCAGCUGAAACAUUAUGUGAAUGACUUGGACCCUGAAUUUCUGCCAGCUCCAGAAGAUGUAAAGAGACACUGUGAGCGAUCGGCUUUUUCGUGUUUUCAGAAGGUCCAACUAAAGUCAGUAAAUACAGGAGACAACGAGAAGAUAAUUAAUGUGUUAACUAAACAGCUGAAGAGGAAGCUGCCUCCCACAAAUGCAGGGAGAAGACAGGAACAGAGACUAGUGUGCCCUUCAUGUGAUUCUUAUGAGAAAAAACCACCCAAAGAAUUCCUAGAAAGACUGAAAUCACUCAUCCAGAAGAUGAUCCACCAGCACCUCUCCUAG